AUGUAUGUCUUGUGUGAUCCGCACAAUAAGAGAGGAGGCUACAAGAUUGGAUGGACGACUCGAGUAUUCAGAGAACGUAUCAUCGAACAUGAGAAGGGCUGCAACUUCACAGCUGAUAUAAUCCACGUCUCGGAUCACGAGAUUGAAAACUGUUCUCGGCUGGAAAAGCUUGUGCAUACUGAUCUGGAAAGCCAUUGCGUGCCGCUUCAUUGCGACAAACAUAAAUCGGUACACAAGGAAUGGUUUCAGGUUACUGAAGAGAUGGCAGUCGGGACCGUGAAGAAAUGGGAAAAAUUCAUGCAUCGAGAAAAACCAUAUGGCUGGAACAGACAGCUGAAGAUCGUAUGGGAGUACCUCCUCGAGACAAGAGCGCCUACAUCUCUCGAUGUACGUACAUUGGCACAUGAUGCUCGUCGAGAGCAUUGGGAGAGAAUAAUUGCGCCGCCAACAACGGACGACUACCUUCAGGCUUACCGAGCUCGCAUUCAACUGUUGCUGAAAAACCUCUUCUGCAACCUAUGCGAUACCUGGUUGUACGUACAGAAGUUCUUCUGGCCGAUUUCCAGCUUGAUCUACGGCAUGAUCACAUUAGUCUUGGCUCGAAACCUCCUGGCAUUCUAUGCGUUCGUCUUCGUGCUUGUAUGCGCCAGUGUACAUGUCAUGUCUCAUGUAACUCUGAGUCCUCCAAAGCGAAAGUCUCGGACGCCUAAGAAGAUGAAUGCAGUAGCUAGUCCGCUGCAAGGGUAG